CCUCAUCCGGCAGAAGGCUGCUGCUUCGCUCUCUCUGAUACGGAAUAGAAGGCUGUGGUCUACUUCGCUCUUAAAGAAUCACUUCGAAUUGCAUUUUCUUAUUAUAUGAAGUAUAGCCAAUUGGUAGGCUACUAUUUUGCAUCGACGUCCUGGGUCCAUUUGCUGUUCAACCUGCGACAUUUCUUAAUAUCGCCUUUGAUCUUCUUCAGUUUACGCCUUGAGAGGGAGCGGAAGCACAUGGCCGAUUGAGGAUGUAUGUCAUAUGCAGUCUAAAUUCUGCAUUGUGAAGACAGAUUCCCUAUCUAAAAAUACAUUCAACAUCCUCUACCAUGCCUGCACCUGACAUGGUGGGUGGGCAACUCUCUGGUUCCCGCUGUGCCAUAGAAGGAGUGUCUAUUAAGGGGCUCUUUGCUCUUCUGGUCCUGAGUCUCCUACUGCCUUCAGGAGCAACAACCAGCUCAAAAUCUGUCACCUGCCACAAAAUCUGUUUGUGCGCCAGCAACAUCGUUAGCUGCUCCAAGAUGAACCUGACCGGCAUCCCCAUGACUUUUCCUCGCUACACUGCUGUGCUGGACCUCAGCUUCAACCAAAUCAGUAAACUGAAAGCUGAAUGGACCCCGGUCAAGCUCAGCAUGCUGCACAGCCUCCUGCUCAGCCACAACGGCCUCACCUUCCUCUCUUCCGAGGCCUUCCUAUACGUCACACGGUUGCGCUACCUGGACCUGUCCUCAAAUGGCCUGAAAAUUCUGGAGGAGUUCAUCUUCGAGCCCCUGGAGCACCUGGAGGUGCUUCUGCUUUACAACAACCACAUCUCCCAGAUUGACCGCACUGCCUUCUCCAGCCUCAACAGCCUGCAGAAGCUCUACCUCAGCCAGAACCAGAUCCAACGCUUCCCCCUGGAGCUGGUCAAAGAGAGGAAUCGGCUGGAGAAGCUCACUCUGUUGGACGUGUCCACCAAUCGGCUCAAACUGCUGCCCAUACAGGAGCUCCAGGUCCUGCCCGCCUGGAUCAAGAAUGGCCUCUACUUCCACAACAACCCGCUGCCCUGCAGCUGUGAGCUGUACAGCAUGCUGGCCCGCUGGCACCGCCAGGAGCUCAGCUCCGCCACUGAUUUCAGAGACGACCACACCUGCCUCCUCCCAGGCACACAGAAGGAGAAGGCACUCACCCUGGAGCUGAACAAGGUCCAUCUGAAUUGCAGCGCAGUGACCAUUUUAGAUGAGGAGGCUUACCUUGAGCAGUUCAUAAGACUGGGCUGUGACACUAGGCAGAGGUUCAUGCUGAAGAGCUGGGUCCUUCCAGGCAAUGUGCAGUUGUCUUCUGGUAACCAGAGUUCCAGGGUCCUCAGCGACGGCAGCCUGCAGGUUGGCCCUAUCACGCUAGAGGACUCUGGGAUCUACACCUGUUACGCAGUGGGGGAAUCCUUCAACGAGACCCUAUAUGUGACUGUGUUAGUGCACAACGCCACUCAGGCUGGAGGGCAGGAGGGCAUGAAGACGGCCUACACCACACUGGUGGGCUGUCUGGCUAGUGCGAUGAUGGUGCUCAUCUACCUCUACCUCACACCCUGCCGCUGCAUCUGCUGCCCGGGCCAGGGCCUGGACAAGAGAGCCCCGGGGGACAGCCUUCACUCCUCCAUCCUUAGCGUCUCUCCCACCCAUGAGGACACAGGACCGGAGGGGGGCGGAGGUGGAGGGUGUGCCUUUGACAAGCCUCCCUUUAACAGGCAUAUCGCCUACCUGGACCCAAAGGGCCUGCUGGAGCAGAAUGGGCGACUGAGCCCAUGUGGGGAGGAGGAUGAGGAGUGGCAGGAGGAGGACAGAGGGAGGCAGGAACAGAGAAGGAAAUCAGACGCAGAGUCUCUGAGCUCUGUGUGCUCGGACACCCCUAUUGUGGUGUGAGAGGGUGUUUCGCUUCAACUGGAGGAUCUUCCACAUAAAACCACUGGGGGGAGGGUGGAGGAUGGGUGACUCAGCUGCCUCAGUAGGACUGUAACUUGCUCAUGAAGCAGGAGGAGGCUAUCCAUUUUCCAUAUGUAGAAAUUCAAUAGGGUAAGUAGCUUUAAGUAGUGGGAUUACACUAUUUUGUCUUUUUAUAAGACAAGAACUUUCAACCAAAUGAGGAUUAAUUCUCGCUAAUUUAUUCUGUAGCAAUCUAUGUGUUCAUCAAAUGCUUCAUCUCUUUGUGUUAGAAUACCAAUAUUGUUGAUUCUUUCCAGUGAUAAGGGGCACAAAAACGUUAUGAGUUGUAGCUGAAUAUAUGCAACCAACAGAAGCUGCAUUGAAGUGUAUUCACUCGAAUAGACUCAACAUUGCUCCAAUACAUCUGUGCUGCUGUGACGCCUGGAUCACCAGGCUAAUAAUAGUCUCUGUCACUUAGUCAUUAUUGGGAGGGAAAUGCUAGUGGGACAGUGUGGGACAGAAAGGAUAUUUGUUAACAGCCAGGCCCAGUCCUACCAAAGAGAGUUGCUGUGAAAAUCCACUGAGUACUUCUGGGCAUGGGUUCAAGUCCCUAAGCAAACAGACAAAUGCAGACUGGGCGAUUGUCUUAUAAACAUGGUCAGAAAUAGCAACCAGUAGUACAGCUAAUACGCUAGCCCACUCAGCGGCCCUGCCACAGUUGAGCAUCGGAUGUAAACACAACUCUAGCACUGGAAUAACAGAUAUUCUGCUGUCAUUCUUGUAUUGCUAAACAGGCACAACUAAGAUUAAGGACUGAUGUAGGAGGUAUAAUAUAAACAAAAGUCAUUGAUAUUAUGCCAGCACCAUGAGCUCGGAAAAAAUGGUCAACAUGCAGUCAGAUGCUAAUGUUACCCAGCUGAAAAUCAGGUUUGAGCUCAAUGAAGUUUGAGCUCUUGUUUUGUACCUGAACCUCUGUUUAGUCACUCAAUCCAGUUGUAUGCUAUAGGGGUUUCUUAACACACUUCAUUAGAUAUUACCUAACCUUGACUAACAGCUUUUCAACCUGAGAAUCUCUGGGCCUCUUAACUUGAAACCAGGUGCCAUCGUAAUUUCAGUACCUUGAUGGAGGAACUGCGCUGCUGUUAUAGAGGGACAUCUCUGAAGACAGACUCCCGCCUCUUAGGACCAUAUACUCAAACCUAUAGUAUAAGCUGAAA